UUGAGGCUGGCGGACUCAACAGAGCGAGGAAUGGGAUUAUUAUCGGGAUAAAAAGAGGAAAAAAUCUGAGUGUGAGGAUUCUCGAUCUGAUUCAAUAAGAAGAUCUUGACUGCAGGCUGGCCAGUUCAGUACCCGGACCCUUCUAUGCAGCCAUGAUGCUGUAAUUGAUGCAGUAUGUGGUUUGGCAUUGUCAUGUUGGAAAACACAAGGUCUUCCCUGAAAGAGACGUCGUCUGGAUGGGAGCGUAUGUUGCUCUAGAACCUGGAUAUACCUUUCAGCGUUGAUGGUGUCUUUCCAGAUGUAAUGAUGGAGGGAAAGAGAUCGGACUCACCAGAACCCAGCUGUGUGUCCAUGAAGAGUGACCGGUCAAUGGAACCCCCAUAUAACUUCAGAGACAGUCCUGCUGAUCUGAGAAUGAUGAAGAGAAAGAGAUCAGACUCACCAGAACCCAGCUGUGUGUCCAUGAAGAGUGACUGGUCAAUGGGAACCCCAAUUUUCUUCAGAGACAGAGACAGUCCUGCUGAUCUGAGACCACAAAAGAAGAAAUCAAACGUCAGCAGAAAGCAGCUGGAGUCCAUAUUCAAGGAGCUGGAACACAAAUUCAUCAGUGUGAUCCAGAAGGAGCUGAAGAGGUUUAAGAAGCUCCUGAGUCCAGAUUCCCCAGCAUGCUCUGAGAGGGAGGUGGAGGAUGAGGAGGAUCAGAGCAGUGUCAGAGAGGGAGUGCUGAAGAUCACACUGCACUUCCUGAAGAACAUGAACCACACAGAUCUCGCUCACACACUGCGCAACAAACACGUCUCUGUGUAUCGGCAAAAGCUGAAAUCCAACCUGAGAGAGAAGUUUAAAAGAGUUAAUGAAGGAAUCUCACAGCAUGGAAGCUCAGCUCUUCUGAAUGAGCUCUACACAGAGCUCUACAUCACAGAGGGUUGGAGUGGAGACGUCAAUAAAGAACAUGAGGUGAGACAGAUUGAGACGGCGUCCAGGAGACCAGCAACACAGGAGACACCCAUCAAAUGUAAUGAUCUCUUUAAAGACACGUCCAUCAGAAGCGUGCUGACUAAAGGAGUUGCUGGAAUUGGAAAAACAGUCUCUGUGCAGAAGUUCAUUCUGGACUGGACUGAAGGAGAAGCGAAUCAGGACGUCACCUUCAUGUUCCCACUUCCCUUUAGAGAGCUGAAUCUGAUGAAGGAGAGAAAUCUCAGUCUGAUGAAUCUUCUUCAUCACUUUUUCCCAGAAAUGAAAGAAUUACGAUUAAUAGACUGUGAUAUGAACAAAGUCCUGUUGAUCUUUGAUGGUCUGGAUGAAUGUCGACUUCCUCUAAAUUUCCAGAACAAUGAGAGAUUGUGUGAUGUGACAGAAUCAGCCUCAGUGGAUGUGCUGCUGACAAACCUCAUCAAGGGGAAUCUGCUUCCCUCUACUCUCCUCUGGAUAACCUCUCGACCAGGAGCAGUCAAUCAGAUCCCUCGUGAGUGUGUACACCAGGUAACAGAGGUACGAGGGUUCAGUGAUCCUCAGAAAGAGGAGUACUUCAGGAAGAGGAUCAGUGAUCAGAGCCUGGCCAAUACAAUCAUCACACACAUGAAGUCUUCAAGAAGCCUCUACAUCAUGUGCCACAUCCCAGUCUUCUGCUGGAUCUCAGCCACUGUUCUCGAGAGAAUGUUGGGUGAAGCAGAGAGUGGAGAGAUCCCCAAGACUCUGACUCAAAUGUUCACACACUUCCUGAUCUUUCAGAUCAAACACAAGGACCAAAAGUACCAUCAGAAGUGUGAGCCUGAUCCUCAGCAGACCAGAGCGAGUAUCCUGGCACUGGGAAAACUGGCUUUCCAACAGCUGGAGAAAGGAAACCUGAUCUUCUAUGAGGAAGACCUGAGAGAGUGUGGCAUUGAUGUGAGAGAAGUGUCAGUGUACUCAGGAGUGUGUACCCAGAUCUUCAGAGAGGAGUUUGGGCUUCAUCUGGGGAAGGUGUUCAGCUUCGUACAUCUGAGUGUUCAAGAGUUUCUGGCUGCUAUAUACACAUUUAUCUCCUUCAUCAUCAGAAAAGUAACAGAACGACAAACCACUGAUCUGUCUGAUUUCCUCAGGACUGCAGUGGACAAUGCCUUACAGAGUGAGAAUGGACACCUGGACCUGUUCCUCCGCUUCCUUCUGGGUCUCUCACUGGAGUCCAAUCAGACUCUCUUACGAGACCUACUGCCCCAGACAGGAAGUAGCGCUCACAGCAAACAGGAAACAGUCGAGUACAUCAAAGAGCAGAUCAGGGUGAAUCCAUCUCCAGAGAAAUCCAUCAAUCUGUUCCACUGUCUGAAUGAACUGAAUGAUCAUUCUCUAGUGCAGGAAGUACAACGUUACCUGAACAGAAGAUAUUCCAGUCGUCUCAGUGGAGUCAGACUCUCUCCUGCUCAGUGGUCAGCUCUGGUGUUUGUGUUACUGAACUCCGAACAGGAGCUGGAUGAGUUUGAUUUGAAGAAAUAUGACCGAUCAGAUGAAUGUCUUCUGAAGCUGCUGCCGGUGGUCAAAGCUUCCAGAAAAGCUGUUCUGUGUGAGUGUAAUCUGACAGAGGAAAGCUGUAGAGUUCUGUCCUCAGUUCUCAGCUCAAACUCCUCCAGUCUGAGAGAACUGAACCUGAGAGACAAUAACCUGCAGGAUUCAGGAGUGAAGCUGCUCUCUGCUGGACUGGAGAAUCCACACUGUAAACUGGAGAUACUGAGUCUGUGUCGGUGUAAUCUGACAGAGGAAAGCUGUGGAGUUCUGUCCUCAGUUCUCAGCUCAAACUCCUCCAGACUGAGAGAACUGAACCUGAGUUACAAUCACCUGCAGGAUUCAGGAGUGAAGCUGCUCUCUGCUGGACUGGAGAAUCCACACUGUACACUGGAGAAACUGAGGUUGUCUGAAUGCAGGAUUACAGGUGAAGGUUGUGCUGCUCUGGUUUCAGCUCUGAGGUCAAAUCCCUCAUCAAACCUGAGAGAACUGAAUCUGAACUGGAAUAAUCCAGGAGAAUCAGGAGUGAAGCUGCUCUCUGAUCUACUGAAGGAUCCACACUGUACACUGGAGAAACUAUAUCUGUGUCGGUGUAAUCUGAGAGAGGAAAGCUGUAGAGUUCUGUCCUCAGUUCUCAGCUCAAACUCCUCCAGACUGAGAGAACUGAACCUGAGUGACAAUAACCUGCAGGAUUCAGGAGUGAAGCUGCUCUCUGCUGGACUGGAGAAUCCACACUGUACACUGGAGAUACUGAGUCUGUGUGGGUGUAAUCUGACAGAAGAAAGCUGUAGAGUUCUGUCCUCAGUUCUCAGCUCAAACUCCUCUAGACUGAGAGAACUGAACCUGAGUUACAAUAACCUGCAGGAUUCAGGAGUGAAGCUGCUCUCUGCUGGACUGGAGAAUCCACACUGUACACUGGAGAAACUGAGGUUGUCUUACUGCAGGAUUACAGGUGAAGGUUGUGCUGCUCUGGUUUCAGCUCUGAGGUCAAAUCCCUCAUCACACCUGAGAGAACUGAAUCUGAACUGCAAUAAUCCAGGAGAAUCAGGAGUGAAGCUGCUCUCUGAUCUACUGAAGGAUCCACACUGUACACUAGAGACUCUACAGUGAAUUACUGACUGUCUCUACACACACACACACACACACACACAGUAAGAGUGAUUUGGUGGUUUGAUGUCUCUUUAUCCACUCCAGAGGAGAUUCUGUAUCUGAAUGUGUUGGUACAGUAAUAAAUAAAAACACUGUUGUGUGGUUGGUGUUCUCUCUCUGAAAAAAGUGGAAGAGAGCCUGCCCCUGGUGGCUGUAUCAGGCAACAGUGUUUCACUGAGAAAGAAUGGAUCCCCCCCUCCCCUUUUUUUUUUUGGUUUGAAGUCAUUUUAUUGUAUUUUCACAUGGAACAGAACGAACACAUACCGGUAACAACCCAUCUUGCAUCGGUCACAUACUGGGUCAAUAUUAGGUGUAAUUAUAGCCAACUUUGUUUUUGACCAGUGUAACCGGUGAACAACUUUAAACUGGGUGAUGGUCUGUCAUAGACAGAUUGAAGAUGAAUGAAUGUUAUUGAGAGCAUCAGCACAUCUGAUAUUUCAGCAUCCAAUUCUUCCUCCCACUUGUGUUUUAAUACUGUUAAUGGUUUCAGAUUAUCCACACGGAGUAGAGAGUCCACUGUACCCAUAGCCUCCCUGAGAUAAGGGGGGAUUUUUAGGAAUUUAUCUAGGAGGGAGUCUGGCGCUAGUGAUGGAAAAGAGAGAGAGUGGGUCGAAACAAAACUGCAAAGUUAUAAAUAUCUAAAAAAAAAAAAAAAAAGUGUGGAAUCUGUGUGUUCUCAAGUGUUCAAAACACACAAAGGCGCCGCCCACAGGGGCGUAUCACCCGCGGGGGAUGCGUACGUUUCAUCCCCCCCACUUUUGUUGAAACACAAUUUCAUCCCCUGCACUUUUGUCAGAUUAAAAUAUCAUUAUGAAAAUUAUACAGCUACUAUAAAAUGUGUAACAAGGAAGUAAACUAUUGCCAUAACGUUAGACAAAAAACAGCCACGCAACGGACUCAAAACAGUUUUUCUCACCCGACCAAUUAGCAGUUGCGUGAAUAUAAUAGCCAGUUUGCGUAGCGUGCCAAAAGCGCUCAAUAAUACAGUAUCUGUCUGCAGAGCUGCAGAGCCAACACCAGUUUUACCGCUCCUGAUUCACCGUUCCAGGUUUGACGUCGCAUGCGGUGCUUACUGUGCCUGGCUCUGCGGCUCUGAAAGCAGAAGCUGAAAGGGGUUUCAGUAGCCUCCGAAGGCUGAAACGUGGCUGCGAAGUAGCAGGACACAAACACGUCUUAAUAGUGUAGCUGUCUGUCAUGUUCAGAACAAACUUGACCUGUUGGACAGACAAAUGAUUGCUCAACAAUUUGUUUCUUAGAAGGAGCAAAGAAAAAACACAUUUGGUUGUUUCAAACACAAAUAGUGUGUCAGGGUAAAGUAAGGUUGUCAGGAUUUGUUGACAGUGAUGUUAAAUAGUAGUAGUUACUAGUUGUAAAGUCAGUUGAGGCAAGUUUUUUUAUUACGAGUGUGUGUGUUUGUACCAAGUCUACUUUUCAUGUAUUAUAACUGCUUAUCACUUUUUAGAAGAGUUUUUCAAUUGAGAUUUAAAGGCAUUUCAAAUCGAAUGAAUGUUCAAUAAUUGUUGUACAGUAAUGUUAUUUGGCCAUUAAGUGUUUGUUGUAUGUGUAGUCUAU